AUGGAAGAUCCUCAGCCUUCCACCUCCCAAAUCACCGCUACAGACGAACCUUCGUCCUCGUCUCCAGCUUUCCGAAAUGCUACGCAGCCGACUCUCUGCUCUCUCUGUCCCCCGUCCUCCCGCCAACCAACCAAAUACACCUGCCCGCGCUGUCGCACCAAAACUUGCUCAGCCCCUUGUUCCAAAAGGCACAAGCAAGAAACGGGAUGCUCGGGUGAACGAAAUAAAGCUGAAUAUGUGAGCAUGAAGGAUUAUGGCUGGGGGGCGAUGAUGAGUGACUAUACGUUUCUGGAGGAGGUUGGGCGGAAGGUAAAGGAAGUUGGGAAGGAGAUUGUUGGAGGCGGCUACAUGCAUUCGUCUAUCGGGAAGGAGGGAGGAUUCGGUGCGGGCAUGAGAGGCAAAGAUGGAAUGAGAGGACAUCCGAGAGGAAGGGGGAGGGGAGGGGGAAAUGGGAAGACAAAGAGAGAUAUUUUCAAAAUGCAGAUGGAGGUUAGAGAUAUCGAAGUCGAUUUAUUACCCCUUGGGAUGAAGAGGAGGAAAAUGAACCAAUCGAGUUGGGAUUUCAAAAACCAAACUGGACUCGUGACGCUUGAAUUCAAAUUCCAUGCACCACGAGACCCUCUACUUCCCAAGCCAUCUACACCGGAGCCCCCGCUCGCACUUGUAACACACAGAAAUAGACUAGACCAGCCACUUCUCGCCAUCCUCCAGUCCCUCGCCAAGGACCGUUCCAAGAAGGAAUCUUUGAAAGGGAAACCAACGCAGAAUCCUUCGUCGUCGUCUUCACCAGAAUGGCUUAUGUCCAUGCUCGUGCCGAGCGAAGAUGACCCAGAAGGCUUCACACAACCCAAAUGUGUUAUGCGAGCUCCAACCGACCCUGUCCUCAUCCUCCAAAGCCUCAAAGAGGAGGCGGAGGAAAAGGAUAGGAAGUACGCUUCCGAUCUUGGAAAGACACUAUCAGCGCAACUAGACGCUUAUUCGAGGAGGCAACACGCAUGGAGCCAUCAUACACCUGCUUCCUCGACGGCUGAAAAAUCAACACCAGCUACCAAUAACGCUCUUAAACGCAGGAAGGGCGAACUCUCAUUCAAAUUCCCAAAAGUAUUCUACAACAUCGACCUUAAUCAACCCCUCUCCCAGUCGCUCAAGUACACCUCCUUCGUGGAGUUCCCGACAAUAGAAGUUUUCGAAGAAGGGGACGAGCGGUUCGGAGGGGUAAUGUUUGUUGAUCCCCAGGAUAGCGCGAAAGGGAGCUACUCAGCGGCAGCUUUGAAAGCAGCGGCGAGGGAACGACAAGAGCAGCAGCAACCGCAGGCGAAGAGACGAAAGUUGGAUCCGAAGGUGGGGAGGCAGAGGUUGAAGGGCUUGAUUGGCGACUAUGGAAGCAGCAGCAGUGACGGUGAAGGCGGAGAAGAGAACGUCGAGGAGGGCUCUCGAACAAAGAGGGCGAACGUUGCAGCACUGGUUGCAGAAUAUACCGCUAGCGAUGACGAAGGAGAUGAAGUCGCACCUCCCACACCUGCCUCUAGCGACGAUAAGGCGCCACACGGCGAUGUUGCGAUGAUAGAUGACGAUGAACUCGGCGACGAAGACGCGGAGGGAGAGGACGACGACGAGUUGGACCCCGCUGCACUUCUGGAACUCGUUCGCAAGGUGAAGGGAGAACAAUGGGCGAAGGACCAAGAAAACAUGGAGGACGAUGUUUUGGACUGGGAAGGGUCCGAUGCAGAUGCUGAGGGUGAGCCGGACGACGAAGACUAUUAG